AUGGGAGCCGCUGGUGAGACUUGUGACCAAGUUUGUCUCGGCCUCGGUCAGGUGUGCAAUGUCGACACGACUGUAUCUAAGCUGAGAGAGGCUUGGUCCACUGCUGGUAGUGCAGAUGGCAUCAAGUCUGUCAUGGAAGCGAAUGGAGGUGUCUGUAUCAAUGGUGCCAACAACCAGGAUUACUACUCACUUCCCGGUAUCGGAAAUGGUAAUUGUGAGAUUUCUGACAAUUACGGCACUGCCGACGUAUCGGUCAUGUUCAAUUGUCUAGGUUCGUUCGCCACCGUUGAACGACUGUGCUACUGUAGCGACCUUUAA